UUGUUUGGUGGGUGUGUCAAAAAUGUCGGCCCAAUCAGCGGCAGCAUGUAUAUAAACCACACGGUAUUAAAGAGACAGCUCACACAAUGGGUCCUAGGAAAGUAGUUUACAAAUGUGUCCGCUGCAGCUCGGUAUAUGCAACAAUUGAAGAUAUUAGAAGACAUGUUUGCCGUAAGAGUUUUAUAGUAAAAUAUAGCAUAUCACCAUGAUGAUGUAGUUGUUUAUAUUUUUAACUUCAUUGCAAGGCAAGUUUAUUUAUAUACCAAAUUUCAUACACAGUGGUAAUUAAGUGCUUCACAUAAAAUGAGAAUGAUAAUUAAUACAAGGUAUUAAAGAAUUAAGAACUAGAAAUAAAAUAAUUUAAAUUAGAAUUGAUUACCAGGAGAUAAAAUAGAUGUGUUUUCAGUCAGAAUUUGCUAAGAUGUGUGCUUUCAUUUGUUUCAGCAAUCCCUUUGGAACAGGCUAGUGCAUCAAAUGGACCUAGUCAACUUCCACUAGGCCUACACAUUCCCGCUGCACCACUGCAUUUUCCCCCAGCUCCUGCACCACAGAUGUUGCCUCCUACACCACAGAAGUUGGCUCCUGCAUCACAGAAGUUGGCUCCUGCACCACAGAAGUUGGCUCCUGCACCACAGAAGUUGGCUCCUGCACCACAGAUGUUGCCUCCUACACCACAGAAGUUGGCUCCUGCAUCACAGAAGUUGGCUCCUGCACCACAGAAGUUGGCUCCUGCACCACAGAAGUUGGUUCCUGCACCACAGAAGUUGGUUCCUGCACCACAGAAGUUGCCUCCUGCACCACAGAAGUUGGCUCCUGCACCACAGAAGUUGGCUCCUGCACCACAGAAGUUGGUUCCUGCACCACAGAAGUUGGUUCCUGCACCACAGAAGUUGGCUCCUGCAUCACAGAAGUUGGCUCCUGCACCACAGAAGUUGGUUCCUGCACCACAGAAGUUGGCUCCUGCACCACAGAAGUUGGCUCCUGCACCACAGAAGUUGGUUCCUGCACCACAGAAGUUGGUUCCUGCACCACAGAAGUUGGCUCCUGCACCACAGAAGUUGCCUCCUGCACCACAGAAGUUGGUUCCUGCACCACAGAAGUUGCCUCCUGCACCACAGAAGUUGCCUCCUGCACCACAGAAGUUGUGCACAAUUUUUCUGUUUAUAUAUUUUCUGUGACUUAUCUAUUUAAAUGUGUGCUAUAGAUACUAAGCCAUGGACGCACAAUGCAACAUUGCUUCUAAUUUCUCUGACAAAGCAAAUGGCUGAAGACUUUCAAUCUCCUGUAUUAAAGAAAGUAGAAGUGUGGAAAAAGGUAGCUGCACAAAUGCUGGCAAAAGGAUAUGACUUUGGAGCAGAGGCAUGUGACAAUAAGUUCAGGCAGUUAAAACACAGAUACAAAACAAUAGUGGACAGUAAGAAGAAGACUGGGAGUGGUGCCAGCAGCUGGGUCUUUUUCUCAUCAAUGGAGGACCUCCUGGCUGAUGAUCCCAGUGUGGAACCAGUCUUGAUCGUGUCAUCUUUUGCUGGAUCUUCAUCAGAUCCAGUUGGCCCAGGACCAUCAACUUCAGGACCAUCAACUUUACAACCUAAGCCAUCAGCAGAACAUGGCAAAAAGAGAAAGCACAAGAAUGAAGCACCUGAGUGGUUUGAGCAGUAUGUCACUGAGCAGAGGAGGCAGAUGUCAGAGCUCAUGGCCCUGCAAAAGCAAGCAGUGGAAGUGGCAAGUGAACGUAACAACCUCUUAAAAGAAUUUGUUUCUGCUUUGACGAAGAAAUAGAAACUUGUGUUUUCUCCUUUCGCCACAUUCUGCUGAUAUUUAGGUUCUAUUUUGUUUGCAUGCAUUUCCUUCAGUAUACUGUACAUCAUGCCAUUAAACAAUGUUGAUCACCUCACCUUUGU